AUGGGAAGCGUGGGCGAGACGGACUUUGCCGCCAUGAAUUCGCAAUUCGAUUACGAUGUGUUGAUCAUUGGAGCUGGUCUGAGUGGGAUCUACUCCUUGUAUAGAAUGAGGCAGCUUGGUCUGAGGACCAGAGUACUCGAGGCCGGUACUGGUGAAGGAGGUACGUGGUACUGGAAUAGAUAUCCAGGAGCCCGCUUUGACUCGGAGAGUUAUUCUUACAAUUUCUCCUUCUCCCAGGAUGUCCUAGAUGAAUGGAACUGGACAGAGCAUUUCGCGCCUCAGCACGAGACUUUGCGGUAUAUUCAGUUCGUCACAGACAAGUUCGACUUGCGGUCGGACAUGCAGUUCAACACUGAAAUCAAGUCAGCGCAUUACCAUGACGACAGUCGAUCAUGGGAGUUGAUUGAUCAUCAAGGCCACCACUAUACCUCCAGAUUCCUGAUAACAGCGAUGGGCUUGUUGAACAAACCGACACUACCGAACGUCCCUGGUGUUGACGACUUCAAAGGACAGGCUUUCCAUACAGCACGUUGGCCACGCAAGCCGGUGUCGCUCGAAGGUAAAAGAGUCGGCAUCAUAGGCACAGGAGCCACCGGCAUUCAGAUCAUCCAAGAAAUCGUGAAGACAGUCGGUCACUUGACAGUGUUUCAGCGCACAGCCAACUGGUCCGCUCCUCUUCGAAACGCCAAAAUUACUCCCGAAGAGAUGGAAGACAUUCGCAAGCGGUAUCCUGAAAUAUUCAAGCAGUGCAGAGAAUCCGCCACUUGUUUCCUACAUCCGCCAGAACCCAGAAAAUCAACCGAAGUCUCAGGAGAGGAGAGAAUAGCAUAUUGGGAAGAAAUAUACUCUCGGCCAGGCUUCGCUAAAUGGGUCAGUAAUUUUGCGGAUAUCGCCUAUGACAGGCAGGCAAAUGCUGCUUGUAGCGAAUUCUUUGCGAACAAAAUCCGGCAGCGGGUGAAAGAUCCAAUAACCGCAGAAAAGCUCAUUCCGAAAGAUCACGGCUGGGGCACGCGUCGUAUACCGAUGGAGACGCAUUAUUUCGAGGCAUACAACCAGGAGAAUGUCCGACUGGUCGAUAUUAGAGAGGAUCCAAUCGAGCGCAUAACCGAGAAAGGAAUCAAAACCCGGAAUGAAGAAUUUGAGCUGGAUAUCUUGAUCUACGCCACUGGGUUCGACGCCGUGACAGGAUGUUUCACCGCAGUAGACUUUCAGGGCGUGAACAAGGUGAAAUUGAAGGAUAUCUGGAGCGAGGGUCCUCAGACACAACUAGGUCUUUUCGUUCGUGGGUUUCCUAACAUGAUGAUGGUUAUGGGCCCGCAUCAGAUGUUUGGCAACAUACCUCGGAGCAUCGAGUUUGCAGUGGGGUGGAUAGCGGACUGUAUAUGCUAUUGCCGAGACCACAACAUCACCCGGAUUGAAGCCACGGAGAAGGGGGUGGAAGAGUGGACUGACCACGUCCAUAAAUGCUCAGAGGGCCUCUUGACCAAUGAAGUGGACUCCUGGAUGACUGGCAUCAACAAAAAUUUGGCUCACAAGCAGAAGAGGACAAUUGCAAGAUAUAUGGGGCCUGCUCCGGGGUACAGGAAGAGGUGUGAUGAGGUUGCAGCUCGAGGAUAUUCAGAUCUCAGCCUGGCUUGAGGACGAGAGAAUUUGGUGCG